AUGGAUGCAAGAGCUGCUGCAUGUUUGAGUGAUGAUGAGGAUGAGUUUCAAACAUUUACUACCUCAAGACCAACAGAAGAGGAAUACAAUCAAUUGAAUAUCACUGGAAUUUCGGAAGAUUUGUUGAUGAAUAAUAAUGUAAUUUUUGAUACUUCUAACUUGGAUAAGUAUAAUGAGGAUGAGGAAAAUAUGUACACUGCAAGAAGUCACAUGACUCAGGCAACUCCGAGAACAAGUAGAUUGUAUGAAAAGAAGAUUGUUCCUCAACAAGGAGUUCCUUUGAGAGAUCCAAUAGAGCAUCAUCAAAUCAUUUCAAGAGCAUCUGAUUGUAUCAAACAUUUAAAAACAGCUUUAAAUUCACCAAUUAACACCAGUAGUACACAAGAGGAAUCCAAGAAUGCACUCUCAUCACUCAGGAUGAUGGAUGAGCUUGACUAUUCCUCUCAGUAUGAAAUUUACCAAUCUCCUUAUGAACAAAAAUUGAGCAAGGUUUCUCAAUUGAAGGCUAAACUCACAGAGAAAGCAUCUCCAAGGUAUAUGGAACCUAAGAAGCAAAUCACCCCUCCAAAAGAAACGUUCUCUCCUCAACUCAAUAGUAAAUCAGCAAAAUCCUCCCCAAGAUAUUUGGAUUUUAUGAAAUCUCCAAAGCAAGAGAAAACUGCAAGACAAAUAGUUCAAGAGAAGAAGGAUUUGGAACUUUCAAGAAGAAUGCCAUAUGUUAAAACUUCACCAAGCAAGACAAUUACCUCUCCAAGAAAUAUUACCUCCCCUAAAUCAAGAAGCAACUCUUUUAAAUCUGACCCACCCCAUAUACCAGCCCUUCCAAACAAGAACUCAACUGGUAAAAAAACAACUCUCGUUAAAAAGCUAAAAGGAGACAAUUUAUUGCAAGUUAGUGAUAUUAAUGAAAGUUUUGAAGAAGAAAACCUAUUGGAUGAAAGUAUUGAAGAAAGUGCAUUAUACGAUAAUGAUGACGAUAACGAAUUUUCAAACAUUGAAACCACUUUGAACGAGUUAGAUCAUAUAGAUGAAAUUGGAUUGGAAAGUCCACCAGACACAUUAUUUAUUACUUCUGACAAUUUAGAACAGCUCAUAGAAGAAAGGAACAAACAAGAAGAAAAUGACCCACCAACUGAUGUAGAUAUUGUAGAUCAAAGUCAAUCACCUGAAUCGUCAGAAAAUGAUGAAUUCCAUAUUUCAAUUGACGAAGAUGCGGUGUUUAACAAUGAAAACGUCGAAGAGGCCCCAGAGCAUGCUGAUGAGAUAACCAUUGGCAAUGAUGAAAAGCAAAUUGAGAAAUUAGAUGAUAUUUCCUCUGAAACCCAAGUUGAAGAAAGUGAACUACAAGAAACACCCAUUGAAGUAUCUGACCUCUCCACUACUUCAAAUGUUGGAGAUUCAAUGGAAACAGAGAUAGCUGGACACUUCACAACUUCCAAUGUUGAAGAAAUACAAGAAACACCUGUUAAACUAUCUGAGCACUGCACUGAAACUAUAGAAUCAGAGAGUGCAAGUAUCAUUCCUGAAGAUGUUUCCCAAGUCGAAGCGAAAUCAGAAGGGGGAAUCGAAAAUUCUCCAAGUAAGGUAGAUACUGAAUUUGAAACAUCAGACAAAGUAUUAGUAGAUGAAGUGUCCUCAGCCGAAAAUUUUCAAACAGAAGAACCAAUCAUAGGAACAAUCCAAGAAAAACCCCAAAAGCCAAAAAAGAAGAAUAACAAGAACAAAAAGAAUAAGAAUAAGAACAAGAAAAAGUAA